AUGACCGACGACACCCGCCGUCACUGGAAAGGCGAACCAGGCGCCCGACACGAGCACGCCAACCCCUGGGGCCACGGCGGAGCCAAAGGUCCCGCUGCUCGUGCUCCGUGGGCACUGACACCGGAGAUGAUGACCAAUUUGAAUAAUACCCGUCGAGACUCGGAUACUUCCACAUCCUCGCAGAACGCAACCGCCGAGCCUACCAGCCCGCAGACUGUUAGUGAGCGGCGCCGGUCGAGUUCCGGGGCGGGCUUGUUCUCAAAUCUGCAGACUCAGAAACGGGAUAGUUCUGAUGCGGGUAUGGCGGGUCGGAGGGCGAGUUGGAAUGAGCAGCGGGAGCAGGGGGGUUUCUUUUCGAAGCUGUGGGAUGGGUAUACUCGUGGAAAGUAG